CAAACGCACGCUAGCCUCAACUCCAGCUUCCGGGGGCCUCUAAAUCGCGCCGGGGGCGCACGCCGCUUAACCUGCGCACGCCCCCACGUCACGCGCAUCAAGCUCUGCUGCUCCUUUGCUUAUAACUUUUUCCCCCCUCCUCCUCCUCGACCGGUUCGGUCCUUCGUACCAGAAGUUCACCCAAUGGCGAGCCCUCCCGCGCCCCGCCGCGACGCCGACGCCGGCGCCGCCUUCGUCCUCGAGUCCAAAGGGGAGUGGUGGCACGCGGGGUUCCACCUGACGACGGCGAUCGUGGGGCCGACGAUACUGACGCUGCCGUACGCGUUCCGGGGGCUGGGGUGGGGGCUGGGCUGCCUCUGCCUCACGGCCAUGGGGGUCGUCACCUUCUACUCCUACUCCCUCAUGUCGCAGGUGCUGGAGCAGUGCGAGAAGGAGGGCCGCCGCCACAUCCGCUUCCGCGAGCUCGCCGCCGACGUCCUAGGAUCGGGAUGGAUGUUUUAUUUUGUGAUAUUCAUACAAACUGCCAUCAACACCGGGAUUGGAAUCGGAGCUAUUCUACUGGCAGGAGAAUGCCUUCAGAUCGUGUACUCAAACCUUUCUCCUAAUGGGUCCCUUAAACUGUACCACUUCAUAGCAAUGGUGACGGUGGUCAUGAUAGUUAUCUCCCAGCUCCCGACCUUCCACUCUCUCAGGCACAUUAAUCUGGGUUCAAUGUUUCUCAGCUUGGGAUACACCUUCCUUGUAGUUGGUGCUUGUGUUCAUGCAGGUUUAUCAAAGAAUGCCCCUCCAAGAGACUAUUCCUUGGAAUCUUCAGAGUCAGCAAGGAUUUUUAGUGCUUUCACUUCCAUAUCCAUUAUAGCUGCCAUUUUUGGGAACGGGAUACUGCCUGAAAUACAAGCAACUCUAGCUCCACCUGUGACUGGGAAGAUGGUUAAAGGCCUUCUCAUGUGUUAUACAGUGAUUUUUGUCACAUUCUAUUCUGCUGCUGUGUCUGGAUACUGGGUUUUUGGCAACAAAUCGAACUCAAAUAUACUCAAAAGCCUAAUGCCAGAUAACGGACCUGCUUUAGCUCCGACUUGGGUUCUAGGCCUUGGCGUGGUUUUUGUCCUCCUACAGCUCUUCGCCAUUGGCCUGGUCUACUCUCAAGUGGCAUACGAGAUCAUGGAAAGCCAAUCAGCUGAUGUGAAGCGAGGAAUAUUCUCGCGCAACCUCAUUCCUAGGAUAAUUCUUCGGACUUUGUACAUGGUGUUUUGCGGGUUCAUGGCGGCCAUGCUACCCUUCUUCGGGGACAUCAACGCCAUUGUGGGAGCCAUUGGCUUCAUUCCUCUAGAUUUCGUUCUUCCGAUGGUUCUCUACAACAUCACAUUCAAGCCAACGAAAUCAUCCUUAACCUACUUGAUCAACAUCUCGAUCAUCAUUGUCUUCACCGGUGCAGGGCUAAUGGGCACAUUUUCUUCUAUAAGGAAGUUAAUUCUUGAUGCCAACCAGUUCAAGCUCUUCAGUAGUAACGUGGUAGACUAGGGUACAGGAAAAUAAACUCUGCGGUUCCGAUGUACUUGCACCUAAUAGUUACGCGAGAAAGAACUUUUUGAAGGGGCGAAAAAGGAACAUUCAAGGGGAUGAUCGAUUAAUCAUGAAUACGAGAGUCGUCCUCUGCUUCGUGCCAGUGUAGACAAGUUGAUAUUCCAAGCUUCAAUUCAGCAUACAAAGAGGCAUUUCUUUCUGUCCUCUGAUCUCUCAAA